UUCAAUCUGGUUAUUUUGGCGAAUUUGAGCCAGACACUUGAACAGUAGUAGCAUGUUAGCCAACAUUUUAUUUCUGGUUUUGGUAAUUUUUGUUCAGUACAAUUGUGAGUUUAAGUUGAUGAUUGAAGUUUUGUUGAGCAUAUUUUAUUUAUUUAAGGUCGGAAAGCUUUCUAGGACGGUAAAAUUUGUUUUUGACGGGAAAGUAAAAAUUUAGAGUUCAUGGAAUUUGAUAUUUUGCGCAGAGAAUGGAGGAUUUGAAGAGCUUUUGGUCGUUUUUUGGCUGUAAACAUUGGGUCUAAGGACUUUCUUGCGACCCUAUAUAAAUUCCUGGGUUUCUGCUUCAUGCCUACGGAUUCAGGAUUUUUGUCCAUCGAUUUUUCUGUUUCUCUAAGGAUUUGAGAGUUUGUUUUUCGCUUUCAGAAAUCUGAAUGAUCUUGUUUCUUUAAAGUGAAGAUGGCGACAAGUUUCAAGAACCCAAUUUCUUGUGGUGAGUUGUUUCAAUGGGGUGUCCGCAAGCGUACUGGAUGGGAGAAGCCACAAGUAAAGAAGGAUGAGAAGAUUGUGGAGAAAAAAUCCACCAUUUGUGCGGACAGACUUGCUGCUCCAGGAAUAAUCCCCUGUUCCCCACAAGAACAGUGUAAUCAAAUCCCCUGUACACCACAAGAACAUUUGCUUGAAAUCCGCUGUUCCCCACAUGAUCGGUGUAAUCAAAUCCCCUGUACACCACAAGAACAUUUGCAUGAAAUCCCCUAUUCCCCACAAGAACAAUGUCAUCCAAUCCGAUCAGCCCUUGAUAAAAAGAUAGCACUACCCUUCAGUAACAGCUCUCAUUCCCUGCCACCUCCCAAAGAAAGAAGUACUAGAUCACAGCAUCGAAUGAGUCAUAUAAUGUGCACCAGGAACAGCAGUAAUACAGAGAGAAGGAACACAAUGCAAGACAACAAGCCCUUGAAUCUGGAGACUUUUGUCUGGCCAAAAUUGAGCCUAAGCCUAUCCCUCAGAGAGCAAGAGGAAGAUUUCCUGGCAAUGAAGGGCUCAAAGUUGCCAUUGAGACCCAAAAAGCGUCUCAAGUGUAUCCAGAAGGCAAUACAGGAUGCUACUCCUGGUUUUUGGCUUAGCAAUGUUUCUCAAGAACGGUAUGAAGUCAGGGAAAAUAAAUCCACAAGAAAGAGACCGAGGGGAUGAAAGCUAUGCAAGGAGUAUGCAGUGACUUGGAAUAAGCAGGCGGUUCCAUCAUUUGUGGAGAACAAAUCCACCAUUUGUGCGGACAGACUUGCUGCUGCAGGGAUAAUCCCCUGUUCCCCACAAGAACAGUGUCUUCAAAUCCCCUGCUCCCCACAAGUACACUGUCAUCAAAUCCAAUCAGCCCUUGAUAAAAUGAUAGCACUGCCUUCCAAUAAAAGUUUUCAUCCCCUGCCAUCUGCUCCAGAAGGAAGUAGCAGAUCACAGCACCGGAUGAAUAAUAUAAUGUGCACCAGGAGCAGCAAUAAUACAGAGGGAAGGAACACUAUCCAAGACAACAAGCCCUUGAAUCUGGACACUUUUGUUUUGGAUGCCAACUUUUCUGUUUCUUGCCCUAACAACUGCAGUAUGCAAUUGAUGCAGAGACCGAGGGGAUGAAAGCUAUGCAAGGAGUAUGUAGUGACUUGGAAUAAACAGGCUGUUCCAUCUCAACUGUACUUGCAAAGACUGUCUAUUUCAAUGUAUGUAUCAUAAACCACAUUGGUUUGUCAGGUGAAACUGGAGAUCCCCCAUUCAAUUUGUCUAGUACAUGACCAGAAAUUGCAAACCAAGCCUAGAAAUCUUGAGGAACUCUUGAUUGGUUUGCAAUGAAUGUGAAAUAAAAAACAAAUGUAUAGAAAUCAACACUAACAGUUAUGAUGGAUGUAAUUUUCUGACUUCCACUACAAUCCCAAAGCAUUAUUUAUUGUACCAAUUCUUUAUUUGUUUUGACA